AUGAGCUACAAACUCUUCCUCCUGGCUUUUGUCCUGGGUAUUGGUGGAGGUUUCCAAUAUGGGUUGCAGAUCUCCAUUAUCAAUUCUCCCGCUGAGUACAUCAAAAGUUUCAUUCGUGAGACCUGUCUGAGGAGAUACGGCUCUUCUCCCAGUGAAGAGAUGAUUACUUUGUUGUGGUCCUUCAUUGUGUCCAUUUACAGCAUUGGUGGGCUUCUGGGGUCCUUGUCUGCUGGAUAUUUGUCUGUUAGAUUCGGAAGGAAGAAGGCCAUGCUUCUUGCAGAUAUCCCUUCCCUGCUGAGUGCAGCUCUGAUGGGAUUCAGCCAGCUGUGUGGAUCCUUUGAGAUGAUCAUCGCUGGAAGAUUAUUUGCUGGAGUGUGUGGAGGUUUAGCUCUGAACAUCCAUCUCAUGUAUGCCGGGGAAUGUGCCCCACGGAAGCUCCGCGGGCUGGUGGCUGUAACUGCUUCUACUGCCAUCGCCACUGCAAAAUUUGUAGGAUUUGCUCUGGGUCUCAGAGAAGUUCUUGGAGUAGAUGCUCUCUGGCCAAUUCUCAUGGCAGUCACUGCGCUUCCUGCCCUCGUUCACCUUCUCACCCUCCCCUUCUUCCCAGACUCACCCCGCUACCUUCUCAUCGACAAAAAGGACAAGGAGGGGUGCAUCAAAGCUGUGAAGUGGCUCUGGGGAGAUGGUGACCAUAUGGCUGAAAUAGAUGACAUGAUGGCAGAGCAAGAAGCCAUCCGUGAGGAGAAGGCCAAGAGCAUGUGUGAUCUUUUUCGUGACAGACCUGUCCGCUGGCAGUUCAUCACUCUUUUCCUUGUCUCCGCCUGCACGCAGCUAAUUGGUGCCAAUAUGGUAUACUUUUAUGCAUACAAUGUCUUUAUAAAUGCUGGAAUCCCCCCUGCUCAAAUCCACUAUGUCUCCCUUGGAGUUGGGAUCACUGAGAUCCUCACCACACUGAUGUGUGUUUUCCUAAUUGAGCGUGCAGGAAGAAAGGCACUGCUGUGGAAAAGUUACACUGUUAUGGCCUUAGCUUUAGCAUUCCUCACAGUCACGCUUUCACUACAGGAUGCCUUUUCAUGGGUACCAUACUGCUCUGUUGUGCUCAUCUUUAUUUUCAUCAUGAGCUUUGGCAUUGGGCCAGCUGGAGUAUUAUGCUCCUUGCCCACAGAAAUAUUCAUUCAGUCAUACAGACCAGCUGCUUAUGUUUUUAAUGGUACAAUGAACUGGAUCCAGCUUUUCCUCCUUGGACUUUUGUUCCCUUUCAUUGUGGAAGGUCUUGGUAGUUUCUGUUUCAUCAUUUUCUUGACAUACUGUCUAUCCAUGGCUAUCUUUGUCUUCCUGGUGGUGCCAGAGACCAAAGGAAGGACCAUGCUGCAGGUCAUGGAGGAUUUCAACCGCCUGAACUACCGUGGAAAGAAGAAACAGACAAUCCUAGAGCAGAGUAACUGCUCAAUGGUGACUGUUACUAGAUUUUAA